AUGGCUACAACACCACCUCCAGACGAGCCAGCCAGCGCAGCAGAGGAGACCACUGCACAGGGUCAAACCCCCCAAACCGCCACGUUACCCCGUCGACCACAAGAGCAACAACAGAAAGACAUCUUCCAGGCCCAAGAAGCCAAUGAUACAUCCCGCGCCUUGCAGCGACAGCCCCGGCGACAGCGACGUCAACAGCAACAGCAAGAGCAAGUCACUUCCGCCUCCGAUACCGAAACCUCAGUCGACGAAUCGAUCGGCGGCGCGCGCGAGGAGCAGCAGCAACAACAACAACAAGCCACGACGACGCUGCGAGGAGGCCAUCAGGAUUGGUCGCUCGAGCCGGAGCCCGAGAAGGAAGAUACCGGGCUGAAGCUGCGGCUAGAUUUGAACCUGGAUGUCGAGGUGGAGCUGAAGGCGAAGAUUCAUGGGGAUAUCACUCUGGCGCUCUUGUCUUGA